UACAAACGCCUACACGCGACUUGACAUCACAGCAUCAACACAACGCGGACUUGAACAGGGUGGACUACGGAGAUGUCUUCCCUGGAGAACGGCAAGGAUAUGAGCGGCAGUUCCUCCGACGAGGAGAGGAAAUUUUCUUCCCCUUCGGUGCCGACGCGGCUUCGACAUCCGUUCAGCGUGGAGGCGAUCAUGUCCGGGAGGACUACGGUGGCGCGCCGCGGCGGGGAGCCAGCUCGCUGGAAGGCGGAGGCCGGAUCGGUGGCGGAGUCGCCGCCUGCGGGAUUUGGGUCCGUGUAUGUGUGCGGAGAUGCGGCCGCCCAAAGCCGGAAGAGCUACCCGACAGCGCCGCCGUCGCCGAUCAAGUCCGACACAUCCGAUCCGGAAGACUGGAUGCUCCCCUCUCAACCUCGUCAAGUCAGUCCCACCUGCCAGUUGAGAAAACACAAGUCUAACCGCAAGCCACGCACACCAUUCACCACGUCCCAGCUUCUGGCUCUGGAGAGAAAGUUCCGCCAGAAGCAGUAUCUCUCCAUCGCUGAACGGGCAGAGUUCUCGUCCUCUCUCACCCUGACGGAGACUCAGGUGAAGAUCUGGUUCCAGAACCGCCGUGCCAAAGCCAAGAGGCUACAGGAAGCAGAGCUGGAGAAACUAAAAAUGGUCGCCACGGCCAAAUCGACGCCGACGACAGCGGCGGCGCUGGUUCAGCCCGGCCUCCGGUUGCCACUGACGCUGGGCGCUAUGUCACUGUACGGACAGUCCUUAUCCGCGUAUCACCACAGAGCCAUGUUUCCCUUUUUGCCGUUAGGACUGUACACAUCUCCCCUGGGCUACAGCAUGUACCCCUUCUCAUAGGAAUGAGAUUAUCACUGACUUUAAAAUGUUUACACGGAGAUGUUUUAUUCUCCCCAUGGUGAGGAUUGUGAGACGAUUUUGGUCACCAGCUCAUGUUACUACACACUUGCACUGGACAAUCAGUUGAUAGCCAAAUGUGCCUUAUGUACACAAGAGCCUUAACACAAAGAGUUCACCCCGUUCAUCGAGGGGAUUGUGUUCCUGAUCUAACCCACAAUUGGUGAAAAUCUUUUUUAGAGAGACCAUAUGAAAUUGUGUUUUCUUAGUUUAGUUUUUUAGUCUUACUUCUACCACGUUUAAAAAGAUUUAAUUCAUUAAAGCACACUUCUGUAUGUAUUUUUAUCACGUGUUCUUGUGCUUGCUGUCUCACAGGUGUCUUAAGACGCCAAAUGGUGAAAAAAGAUGACUUGAAAGAGUAACGAACUGCUAAUCUACUGAGCGCCAGUGUUGUUAAUCUUACUGAAAAAAAGUAAUUAAUUAUAGUUACAAAUUACUUCUCCCAAAAAGUAAUUGCGUUACUAACUCAAUUACCUGAAUGUAAGAGUAAUCAGUUACUUGGCAAAGUAAUUGGUGAUAAUUACUUUUUUUUUUUUUUUUCCCUCAAAAAAAAAAAAAAACAUUGGCCACACUAUGGGAAGUUUUUUGUGGAGGUUUUUGGUACAAUUGGCCCGAGCCCAAUUCUUUACCCUAAUUUACCCUGAAUCAACUGUUAAAAGUUGUUAAAAUUGCUCCCAUUAUUGCAUUAGUUCCCUUCUCUCUACUUUCGACAUAUGAAAGUUUUAAAACUGUUUCAUCAUUUAAAGAUAGAUUCAAGUCAAGAUUUUGCCGAUUUAGAAGUAUUUUAGAUAAAAAGUUACUUAGGUUCGCGAGGAAGGUUCUCUACAACAGGGCCGUCCUAAAAAGCCUACUGCUUUAAGAUGGCGGCUGUCAUUUUGCAUCUAGUUAUAUCUAUAUACAGUACAUGUGAUAUCUACCAUGUCUACCAUAUCUACCAUAACAUGCGGGCGCAGUUUGUCCAACUAUCGGCUACAACAUGUAUUAUUCGAGCUACCUAGCAUCGCGUUUGCUCGGCGUCACAACUUUCUUGCCUCCUCCCCGCUCCUGCUUUUCGACCAAUAUAGUAACGCAUAGUAACGCAUGCCUUUCCGUCCUCAGUAACGGUAACGGCGUUGCCAAGAUGAGCUAAGUAAUUAAUUAGAUUACCCACUACUGAAAAAAAUAACGCCGUUAGUAACGCCGUUAUAUUGUAACGCCGUUAUUAACAACACUGCUGAGCGCACAUGUCAAACAAGAACAAUCUAUUGAUUGAGGACUUGUAUCCUAAAAAAAACAGGAAAUUCUCCUCAUUCGUAUAUCAAGGUACAGCUGUCAGCGAUAGACAAAAUCUAUUUGAGCCGGAAGCUUGUGUGUUGUGGUAGAAGAAAGUAAAAGGAAAAUUUAGAACACCAAGGGGCAGUUUACAUGGCGACUCUGCGACACAAAGACGCAAUGACUGAGUAGCGGACUCGCUUCGCCUGCAUAUGGUGUCGGUGAAGACGGAAGGCGAAGACUAAAAUUUCUGAAUCCUGCCUCCAAAGUGGAAGAAUCCGAUUGCGGGGGAUUGAGGGGGGCUUCCUCAGCAUGCAUAUCAAAGGCUCCCACGGCGCGAGACCACGCCGUUAACGUCAGCACUCGUACACGUCACAUAGGGCGUGCGCAGUGUUGCUACUAAACAUUAAAAACAGCAAAUAUGGCGGAAUGUUGGCUUUAAUUUACUGUUUUAAUAAUAUUUUUAAAUUAAAUAUGUUGAAUGUUUCAAUUUUUGUGCCUUUUUGAACAAAAGAAAAAUGCCAUUGCUUCGAGUGGGCGGGCAUAUUUUUUUCCGGGCUGAGGGAGUUUGGUGAGGUCAAAGUGCAUCAUUCUUUGUCGCCCUGUAAAUCUGCACUGCCCCCUAGGGCUUGGCAUGCAUCGUUUUCAUGCGGAAUUGCGACAUUGUUCGAAUGGAGACGCAAAUGCAAAUUUGAAAUUUUUCGUAUUCUCGGAGAGUCACCAUGUAAACGGCCCCCAAGUUGAGGCGAUAUCAAUCCACUCCAUGUUGAACUGGAAACGAUCAUUGGACGCCUAUCACCGUCAAUUGCAGUGAAACAUGAUCCCUCAAACGUCAAUCAUAGCCAUUGAGUUAAAUACAUGGAUCUAAACCAUUUAAUCUUGUCCUACAGAAGUACGCCAGCUAUGCUAACAUGAAACAUCUUAAACGGGUCAAGGGUUUUUAGCGUUGAGUACUUGUAAACCUUCAAGCAACUGCUACUAACAUAGAGACUGAGCGACAACACAUAUAAACAGAGCAUACAGCAAUACCCACAGGCAAAAUUCAGCUAGCCUCUGAGUGAUCAACAGUUAUGACUAGAACUAUUUUUGAACUUCAUUUUUCUGUAAUUCUUGCACUAGACCUCAGUGCUGACUGACAUCUCGCAGCCCGAUGUGGUACGACACUUAAGGAACGUCACUGCAUUCAGACUUAACCGUAUGUUGUUAAAAUCCUUCCAAAACAAUCACUUAAUUAAAAGUAUGAACCUAAAACAUCAAGGAACACUGUGGUACGGAUGCCUGACAGUUUCAGCUUCAACACCAAAUAAAAACUUUAAUACGCCUAUUUUUAUCUUAUGCUUCUCAUUAUAGUUAUCCUAAACACAGUUUUAUAUGAUCUUUCAUUAUGGCUUUAACCACCCCAGCAAUGCAACAUGGUGGCCUUAAACCUAUUAAUUCUCUGGAACUGUGGGGAUUGUAUAAGUGACUUUAUAUAUAUUUAUGAUUUUAUGCGAGUAUGUGGUAUGAGUGAUAUAGUUGUAUGGUCCUUGAACGUCCCUUUAAAAGGGACCGUUUACGCAUAUU